AUGGAAUUGGCCUUGAUCGCCUACAAAUUAUUCCCCGAGCGAGGCCUGCUCGCGGAGAAAAUGGCGGCUAGCUUUCCUUUGACCACGAACAAGAUGUGGACGGCCCUCCCUGAUCUUCAUGCACUCUGUCUUUGUGACUCGGAUGUCCUGCAUCUCCCUGGAUUGCAUCCCGUCAAGGGUGCUUGCCCUGUUACAGCCUGCCAGCAGAGCAUGGAUAGUUUGUCCAAGUCCCAACGGAAUGGACACGCUCAUGAUUGUGUCCGUCGAGAGCUGGCCGAAAACCUGAACCGCCUGCACUGA